AUGCUUCUCCUCGAGGCGCUCGAGGCCGUGCUUCGCUGCUGCGACGACAACGCCACCCGCCGAGCGGCGGAGCAGCAAGCGCUGCUCCGCCGCGUCGCCGCCAAGCUCUCCUCCGCACUACACGCGGCGGGCGAGACUGCCCGAACCACGGACCAGCUCGCGCGACUGAUCGGUGUCUUGAGAGCGGCGCACGCUGUCGGCGCCGCGAGCGGGUGGUCGCUUCAGCGCUCUGCGCCGUGCGUAGGCGUCGUUCCGCGGUAUGAGCGCCGGCGGCUGCUACAGCGGCACAAGAGCUUCACGUGCGACUGCGCGCGCUGCGGCGCGGACCUGUCGCGGAGCGAGGAGUGGGAGAGCAGCCUCCGCUGCCGGUGCGGGCGCGGCUGGAUGCAGCCCGAGGGCGCCGCCGAGUCGCUCUCUCGCGUGCUGGCGUGGGACGCGGACUUGCGCGGUCGGCUGGCCGCGGCGAGCGAGGGCGGUGCUACGGCGGAGGUGGAGGCGGCGCGGCUGCGGCUGGUCCAGCUAGCGUCCUCCGACGCCGACCGCUGCAGGCGCGCGGAGCAGGCGCUGAGCGUGGCGGCGCGCGUGUGCGGCAAGUACGACGAGCAACUGGGAGACCUCUACUGCACGCUCUCGGCCCGGCGGGGCUUGUGA